GGGAGUUGUAGUUCCGCCAUCGGACGGAAGCCGGGAGGCACGAGCGGCGGGAUGUGGAGCGGAAUGCUGGUGGGGGGGACCCGGGUGGCGGCAGGAAGGUACCCCGCGUUGUGGCCUCGCCUCGCCGCCCUCUUCCCCACACAGCGGAUGCCCGAGACGGGUCUGGCCCUGCAGCGGAACUUGCACACGACGGCGGCCCGGGCUAUCCCGCUCAUUCCCAUCGUGGUGGAGCAGACGGGUCGCGGCGAGCGUGCCUAUGACAUCUACUCGCGGCUGCUGAGGGAGCGCAUCGUGUGUGUCAUGGGUCCGAUUGAUGACAAUGUGGCCAGCCUGGUUAUCGCGCAACUGCUGUUCCUGCAGUCUGAGAGCAACAAGAAGCCCAUCCACAUGUACAUCAACAGCCCUGGUGGCCUGGUGACCUCAGGCCUGGCCAUCUACGACACGAUGCAGUACAUCCUGAACCCCAUCUGCACGUGGUGUGUUGGCCAGGCCGCCAGCAUGGGCUCCCUGCUUCUCACCGCGGGCACCCCAGGAAUGCGCCACUCGCUCCCCAAUUCACGCAUCAUGAUCCACCAGCCCUCUGGGGGCGCCCGGGGCCAAGCCACAGACAUCGCCAUUCAGGCAGAGGAGAUCAUAAAACUCAAGAAGCAGCUCUACACCAUCUAUGCCAAGCACACCAAACAGAGCCUACAGGUGAUUGAGUCGGCCAUGGAGAGAGACCGCUACAUGAGCCCCAUGGAGGCCCAGGAGUUUGGCAUCUUAGACAAGGUUCUGGUGCACCCACCUCAGGAUGGAGAGGACGAGCCUGAGCUAGUGCAGAAGGAGCCUGUGGCAGCAGCGACAGCAGCAGAACCUGCCCCAGUGAGCACCUGAGUGGACCUCACCCUUGGGAAGAAAGUUGAAGGGCCAGAAGCUACAGCUGCUGCACUGUCGGCUCCUUGCUGCUGAGCCUGGAGGAGCCCCUUGAGGACCUUUGGACUUGGGUGUACCCCUAGUGGCGGGUAUCCUGGCUGAGACACUGUGAUUUUAAAUUAAAUCUUUGUAGUCUUUGCUC